AUGGCAUACUCACACUCCAUUCCGUCCCCAAGGACAUCGAUGCUUCACGCGGAGUUCCAGCCAUCGGCAUCCAGCUUCCGGCAGAGCGUCCGCUCGUCAUCCGGCUCGCAGAGAUCCACCAACCCGUUUUUCCCAUUCAUCGAGACGCGGAAAGAAGUCCUAAACGAGGAAAAAAAGGAGGCUCGCAAGGCUCGCAGGGUCCAGGCAAACACUACUAUUCGUGACCUGCUCCGGGGCGAGCGUUUGGCCAAAGAGAAUCAUCGUGGGAUCCACUCAGGCUGCGCGUCGUUGAACGACUGUGCAACCGUGUUUGUGCCCCUUGCAGAUGCACAAAAGCCUGUCCAUUGGCAGCCUGCGAGGAACUCCACGUGGGAAGCACGUCAAGACCCUUUUGCGGAUGAAAAGAAAACACAAUGCGUUGCGCACUCGCACGUCGAGGUCACCACUCCAAUCAGAAAGCGGUGCUCUGCUGUGGAUGUGGCUCCUUUGAACCAGCCUCUUGCCAAGACGAAGCCUGCUUCACCACAAAGGACGAGCACGACAGGGCUUUAUGCAUUGAACGAUGCCCAGAGCGGCCUGCGCACUUCGCCCAACGUCAAAAGUGCAGCCAAAAGCUUGGUCUCAACGAGACGAGCCAGCAACGGCUUCCAAGGAAAUGGGGCUUCUCGAAAGUCUCACUCAGUCGCCAUUGUUAGACUCAUGGCACCCAUUGAGCCGGCACCUCUCUCAAAGUCAACACUCUACACUCCUUUCCCCGUGAGUGUAUGGGCAGUCUCAAGAUCACCAGCUGCCAAGGCAUCGAGUCUCAAAACAAAGUCAGUCACCAGCAUCGAGGAGUCUCCGCAGAUAGACAUUGAGACUACUUCGGCAGACACCGUCAAAGUCGUCAAGAGCCACGGCAAGGUCGCAUCUGGAAACGACAACUUUAAUUUGUCCCCGGAAGCAACUCCACGCAAAAGCCUGCCUCCUCAAGCCAGCCAUGAACCGACUACACCUGUUCGCCGGGAGCCACCUCGGGUCCACGAAUCAGUUAUGAAGCCGGUCAAAAAGAAACACGGAGCAGGAAAUGAAGCAGUACACGAAACGUCAACGUCUGUAGCAAGCCAUCCUACUAUCGGCCACAAAGCCGCAUCUGUUGCCGACCUCAGAAAAUUCUUUGACCGUCCGGGCCCGAGCAACAUGUCUACCCACUCGAUGCCGAAACUGUCACCUGCAAAGCAAUGUGAAGGUAACAGCUUCAGGCCGCCUAGAGUUUCCAAAACGAUGAUAUGUGCCGGGACCACAAAGUCACCAUCACUUUCCGAGCUUACGAAGACCAGUAACCACAGCCCAGGGCCCGAAAAGACAGACGCUGUUCGACCAAGGCUUAUGGGCGGCCCUUCAGCGCAGUCUCGCCCUGUGCAGGAAAAUCAAAUUGGGGCCCUUUCAAGGUCCAGACUACGGGCAUUUCUUCAUUCAAAUCGCAGCUCGGGAUCAUGGAGGCGGCUGUCGUCGCACCUGCGCCGCCGGGGCUCACACGAACAAAGCUCAUCCACUGGUGAUGCUACUUGCCCUAGUCAAGCAUUUGCAGGCUCUGCAUCGCAUGAAGCCACUCGUAGUCCUUCUGCCCGGAACUCAACUACUGAAAACAAAUACCCUGCUAGUGCCGGGUCAGGCAAUCGCAACGGCGGACAACUUCUUGCUAAGUUGGAGCCUUUGGCACCACUGACUACGACGCAAAAUGCGUUGAACGGAUCAAAGCGAUCCUGGGUCUGGGGCCAUGUUCAUAGAGCCAAGGAACAGUCGGGUGCUGCAUUCCAUGCCAGUGAGGCAGCCGCCAGCGUUGAAGAAAACAAACUGUUCCGGCGCGUCUCGAAAGAGAGCCGUUUUCGAAGCUGGAGUUGGGGGCGUCGAAGCGGCACCAAAGCAUCCCUCAAUGAUGCUAAGAGCAAUUCUGUAAAUGUGUCUUCGUCAACAAGAGACACGCAAGGCAGCAGUACGAGCACAUUUAACGGCCCCUUUGAGGAUCUGGAGCAUUCGGAAACCGAUGCCGCUGUUUUGUCGAACACAGAUAUGACCUCUGUCACGGCCUCCUCCCCAAUGGUCGAUGCCGAAGCAAGUUGCGAGCUGCAACACCCAAUUCCGGUCCACGUCGACGAUAUCCAGCGCCUAGUCAGCCUCUGCAAGAAGAGAGAAAAGAGCCCGAGCUUAUCGUACCUUUUCCAGCCUUGA